CUCUCUCUCCUUUUUUUUUAGCCGCCAUCAAUCCAAGCCUUCGUCGUCUCGGGCUCACUGGUUUAAGUACCAACGCGAGCCACAGGGGCACCGCGGCAGAAUCUCGUCGACAGCGCAGCAGCCAGAACCCCGCGCGCGCAUUCAAUUCCGUUGGCAUUGGGCCUCCACCAACCUCCAUAUCACCCGGCCGGCCGGCCACCCCUAGCUCCCCUCCCACCAUUACCCGUCUCCUAUACGUGGCGGCGCCUGCGCCUCUUUGCGCGCGCGAGGUGGCAGAAUGAGUCGCGGCGGCGGCGCGCAGCAGCCGGGCGGGGGCGCGGCGAGGAUGAAGGCGUCCCCGCGGGCGCUCUUCUCCUGCGGCAUCUUCAGCACCUGCACGCACCCGGCGCUCAGCCCCACGGCCACGCCCAAUAACAACGGCAACAUCAACAAUGUAAGCUUCGGCUCCGCGGGGACUGGCACUGGCGUCGGCGCUUCUUCUUCUUCUGCCAAGGGUGGCUCCGCCACGCCCUGCGCCGCCGACGCGUCGCCCGUGGCCGCUCUGCCCUCGCCCUCCAAGUGGCAGCAGCAGCAGAAGACUAAUGCCGGCAACGCCGUGCCGUCGUCGUCUUCCUCGUCCUCGUCCUCCUCCGCCUCGCAGAGCUUCACGCAGUGGCGGCUGCCCGUGCACCACCCGCCGCAGGCCUCGGCUUCGGCUUCGGCUCUGGUGAGUGCGGAGGAGAAGUUCGCGGCGGGGGAGGUGGUGGCGGCGCUGCGGGCGGUGGAGCGGGAGAUGGAGUCUUCUUCAUCUUCGUCUUCGGCGACGGCGAGGGCGCCGGCGGGGGUGGUGGCAGGGGUGGUCGCGGCGGUGCGGGAGCCGGCGACGGCCAGGCUGGCGGCGAAGGUGCUGCUGGUCGUGCUGCUGGAGGAGGGGAACAGGGAGGCGGCGGUGGCGGCGGGCGCGGCGUCGGCGGCCGUGGAGGCCGUCGCCGCCUCCGGCCCCGCCGGCGCCACGGCGGAGCGCGCCCUGGCGGCGCUGGAGCUGAUCUGCACGGCGCCCGGCGGCGCCGCGGCCGUGCGGCGGGAGGCCCUGGCGGCGCCCGUGCUGGCGCGCGCCGUGGAGGGGAUGCCCGGCCGCGGGCGGGAGUGCGCCAUCGGCGUCCUGGCCGCCAUCUACGGCGCCUCCGCCUCCGCCGCGUCGGCGUCGGCGGCGUCCCCGCCGCCGCCGGAGGUGGUGAAGGCGGUGGUGGCGGCGAUGCAGGGGGAGUGCAGCGCCCGCGGGCGGCGCAAGGGCGCGCAGCUCCUCCGCGCGCUGCAGGAGGCCGGCCGCCUCGGGCUCGCCUGGGACGGCGUCGGCGGCUCCUGACGCGCCGGGGGGUCUGUCUCUCUCAUCACGUCUUCUUCCUCCGGAGCUUAGCGGGCCCGGCCCGAUAGUGAGGACAGUGGAUCGGAUUAGGUGGAUUGCGUUGCAAGUUGCAUUGCAACAGCAGCCUUUCAGAUUAGCGAUAAUUGAUCGAAGGCCCAGUCAGUGGCCCAGGUUUCACUGUAGGCUCCGAUGAUGAUUUGUACCAACUGUUCCGUGAGAUCUAGCUAAGGUAAGCAGUCGGUCGGUCCCAGGGCAUGACGCAUGUUUCCCCUGUCCCUUGGCUGCCUGUUUCACUGCUACUACAUCAAAAUCCAUCUGAUGACCUAGUAGAAACUGAUUUUACUACUGUCAGAUGACGUUCAGCUGCAGAGCAUUUGAAGCCAAACAAACAAACAUUGCACGUUGUUCAGUUCA